AUUAACUUGUGCAUUAAAACCCACCAUGGCGACAGAAGAUGAGAAGAGGCGUGGGCUAAUCAUCGUCUCAAAUCGUCUUCCACUCUCCGUCAAGGAAGAAAACGGUUCAUAUAAGUCCAGUCUAUCCAGUGGAGGCCUUGUAACAGCCUUGUCGGGCCUCACAAAGUCGACUAAUUUCCGCUGGUUCGGUUGGCCCGGUAAAGCGAUCGAGGACCCAGAGGAGCAGAAAAAGGUCUCGGACGCCCUGGCAGAGAACAGCGCUACGGGGAUAUUCCUAGAUGAGCAAUUGGCACAUGAUCAUUAUAACAAUUUCUGCAACUCGGUCCUCUGGCCCAUUCUCCACUAUCAGUCUGGCGUGGCCUUCAACGAGGAUGCCUGGAAGGCGUACCAGCGUGCGAAUGAGAUAUUUGCUGAUACGGUGGCCAACGAAGCGAAUGCCGGGGAUCUCAUCUGGGUGCAUGACUACCAUCUACUGCUAUUGCCUUCUCUUCUGCGUGAACGUCUUGAGAAGCAAGGGAAGCAUUGCCCUAUUGGAUUCACGCUGCAUACACCGUUCCCUGCGGAGGACUUUUGGAGAGCCAUUCCUGUGCAGAACGACUUGCUUAAGGGGUUGCUUGCUUGCGAUGUGAUUGGUUUCCACACAGAUGAGUAUCGGCGGAAUUUUACGGAGAGUUGUGGGCGGAGUUUGGGAGCCAACACAGAAAAAGCAGGCCAGGUUCAGUAUGAAGGUCACGAGUCCUGUGUGGGGGUGUUCGUUGUCGGAAUUGACCCCCAGAAGUUUAACGACUCCAUGCAAGAUCGAGAUGUCCAAAAACGAAUCCAUGAGCUAGAAAAGCAGUAUGAGGGCACAACCGUUAUAAUCGGCGUGGAUCGGUUGGAUUAUACCAAGGGCCUGGUUCAGAAGCUAGAGGGAUACGGCUAUUUCCUUAAUACUUAUCCAGAGUUACAGGGCAAAGUUACCUUGAUUCAGGUGGCUGUACCUAGUCGUGAGGAUGUGAAAGAAUAUCAGGAUCUCGAGAAGGAAAUUUCUACGCUUGUUGGAAAGAUAAAUGGAGAACAUGCUACGGCUGAUUGGACACCACUCAUCUACAUGCACCGGUCUGUCUCCUUCGCGGAGUUAACAUCCUUGUACUGCAUUGCCGAUAUCUGCCUUCUCACCUCCCGAAGGGACGGUAUGAACCUCGUUGCAUCUGAAUAUGUGGCAUGUCAAGAGAAUAAGCAUGGGGUCCUUGUGCUCUCCGAGCUUGCAGGAGCUGCUUCCUUUAUGUCCGGUGGCAGCGUUACUUUCCACCCGUCGAGUGUGAAAGAGCUAUCAGACGCAGUCCAUAAAGCGCUGACUAUGGAUGAGAAGGAGAAGAAGGAGCGGUACGAGGAAUUACGAGAAUUUAUCACCACACAUACAAGUGCUAAAUGGGGAAAGGCAUUCAUUGAGGCUCUAUCCCGCCAUAUACAGCAGUAGAAAUGCCUUCCCUCUAUACCGUCUCUCUCAUUCUGAUUUUGGGUUAUCUUUUGUUCUACAUUCAGCUAUGGAUACAUU